ACAGUGUGUCUGGUCAUGUGACCGGCAGUGCCGACGAUGUUUCGCUUUGCAGGCAGUGGCACAAUAAAUGUAUCUUAUUACAAUUUAAAGAUUAUCCAGAGCUACGACAGUCCAGUCACAGAAACUACAAGUGCUUUUGGGUUUGUAAAUCAAACAUUUGAUCUACAAAUGUGACUCGGUUUAACUCUUAUAGUGAUAGUGGUAAACGGCUACUCGCAGGCCUCUGUAGUUCCAGCCGACAUGCGCAACAGUGGGCCAAGGACCCCGGUUGUGUUGAUGGGAAGAAGGGAGUGCAAGAUCAUGGAAGUAGUGCUCUCUGCCUCCCAGGGUUCGGUUCGUACAGAAUAGCAAUAGAAUUCUGGAUUUCCACCAUGUCGAACCGAAGAGCUAUGAACUAGUUUACUUGUGGAGUGUCAACAACACUAACGACUCGGACUGACAGCAUGAACGGCCCUCAGCAGAAUGACGCAAAGAGACAACACCUGCUAGAGAGGCUGCUGGACGCUGUCAAACAGUGCCAAAUCCGCUUUGGAGGAAGAAAGGAGAUCGCCUCAGAUUUAGACAGCAGGGUGAUCUGUUUGUGUGCCCAGUUUGAGGCUGUCCUCCAGCAUGGCCUGAGGAAGAGUAAAGGACUGGCUCUCACUGCUGCUGCCAUCAAGCAGGCCGCAGGAUUCACCAGCAAGACUGAAGCAGAAGCUUCAGUUGAGCUGACAUUCUGGCUCUAUGUGAAGGAGCAUUUGAACCGCCAUGAGCUGCAGCGGUUCUACUCCCUGAGACACAUCUCCUCUGAGCUGGGCCGUGGCCGCGCCUGGCUCCGCUGUGCCCUCAACGAACACUCACUAGAACGCUACCUACACAUGCUGCUCGCAGACGGCAUACGCCUCGGUACUUUCUAUGAAGACUGGGCGUUUAUUCUGGAUGAGGAGCGAGCCAGCAUGCUGCCCACCAUGGCUGCAGGACUAAACUCCAUCCUGUUUGCCAUCAACAUCGACAACACAGACCUGAACGGUGUGCCCCGGGCGGGCGGCUCCUCCUCCUCCGUGAGCCACCUCCUGAAGGAGUCCACCCAGGGCAUAGGGAGCCUAUGGAAGGAGUCCACCCAGGGGGUGAGCACUCUGCUCAGGGAGAUCAGCACCGUCACCGCUGUGGUGCCAGGCUUCACCCCUACCCACUGCCCCGACGGAUCAUCAGACCCACUGCCUGUCCUGCCACGCAGCGCCUCCGCGGACUCUGGCCUGAGGAAGGAGCGACGGAGGAAAAAGAAAAUCACCAACAUCAUCUCCUUCGACGACCUGGAUGGGGGAGCGGAGGAUGAGGAAGAGGUGGGGGGGGGGACUGUCACCCUCAGGAAGAGCACCACUGCUCCUCAGGUCAGUCUGGAGGAGGGUAUUUACCCACUGGAGUCCUCCUUCUCCCUCUCGCCUCUCCAGAACGGGCUGCCCGAUCCUGGGAUAGUCAGCUGGGCCGGGUCUCCUCCUUUCUCCAGAGCUCUGCCUGACACCAAGAUUAUUGAUAAUGAUGAUGAGGAGGAAGAGGUAUACAAGAGUAGGCCACAGCCACAGAGCCCCUUUCAUAACACGGCCAACACUGACCAAGUGUCAACGUGGGGUGCCCUGCAGGCCAUAACUGAUAAUGACAGUUCAGACAUCCUCAUUCCUGUGGCCUCCAGCCACUCCUACGCUCAGCCAGUCGGCUCAGUGAAAGAUACGGUUGCAUUUCCUGUACAGACAGAUUCCACAGGUCCAGUCAGCGACUACGAGACGACCAGAUCCCAGCUACAGUUCAACUUGGAGCCCAGCCCGCCGGUCCAGAAUGCACCUCUCUCCAGUGUACUGUCCAGUGCCACCCCUGGUCUACCAGAGUCAAUGACAGUGGUGGAGCUCCGCCAGGCCAUAGUGGCCAUGAUGAACAGGAAGGAUGAGCUGGAUGAACUGAACAUGUCCCUGCGCAGCCUGCUGGAUGGGGAGAUGGAGCACUCUGCUGGGCUGAGACAGGAGACAGACGCCUUGAGGAGACGCCUGGAUGAGCUGGAGGAGAGACACACAGCCAAGGUCCAGGCUCUGGGCAGGGAGAACGAGGUCCUCAAGGUCCAGCUGAAGAAAUACGUGGGAGCUGUCCAGAUGCUGAAGAGAGAGGGGAGCCAAGGAAACGACACUGCUCUCCCCAUGGUGAGGAACUGUGAUGAUCCCACUCCGGCCCCUCAGAGCAGGUCUAUGGAUGAUGUUGAGGAGCUGGCUGCCAGCUAUGAACGCAAACUCAUAGAGGUGGCUGAAAUGCAUGGCGAGCUGAUAGAGUUCAAUGAGCGUCUGUACCGUUCUCUGAUGGCCAAGGACCACCUCAUCAACCAAAUGAAACAGGAACUCAUUGAUCUCAGAGGACCAGUUCCUGGUGACCUGAGCCAGACUUCUGACGACCCCAGCCUAUCAGAUUUUGAGACGGCUCACCGUGCUCUCAUCAAUGUCUGGAUUCCCUCUGUGUUUCUGCAAGGACGUGCUUCUAACGCCUACCAUGUAUACCAGGUGUACAUCCGUAUCCUAGACAACGAGUGGAAUGUCUACAGACGCUACACGGAAUUCCGGACGCUCCACAACCACUUACGCUCACAAUUCCCGCAAGUCGGCACCUUCAACUUCCCACCCAAGAAAGCCAUAGGGAACAAGGAUGCCAAGUUUGUAGAGGAGCGUAGGAAACAGCUCCAGUCGUACCUGAGGAUGGUGUUGAACAAGCUGAUCCAGACCCUGCCAGAGUUCUCUGCUAAACCCACCAAGGAGACCCUGCUGCAGCUGCUGCCCUUCUGCCAGGACACACCAGUGGCCAGCGAGGGGAGCAGUAAGACAGCCCGGUCCAAAGCCUCGUCACGCUUCCCCAGACUGGGUUGCAACCGCAACCAGGAGGGCCGCAACCCAGAGCCCCAGAGCGGCGACCUCUAACCUCUACCCUCUACACUUUUACCUUUUCUUUGAUUUGCUGAUACUGAGGGGUACUUCCUGCUCCUGGACUAACUCAGAGCCUGAGAGAGGAGAGAUGGACAGUGGAGGUUAUGGAGGGGAGAGGCAACAGCAGGGCCUUUUAUCCUCUAUUUCGGAGAACCCCAGAGGCUAACUAUGCCUGCUCUCCUGAACGGAGGAUUCACUCAAAGAACACGCAUAGACUAACUGGGCCUCGGACAAACAUUAAAAUAAGAUGGGAGUACUGUUCCCUGAUUUUAUUCAGUUUGUAGUGAAACUGUAUCAUGGUCAUGGUACCUACAGUGUUUUCUAGCUUUUUUGCAUUGAGGUGUGGGGACAGAGACAAGUGUUCUUCAAACAAAACUAACAGGUGUUUUCUUGGUCAAUGUCAGCAUUUCGGUGGCAUUUUUUAUUUUGACAUCAUCCUUUUACCUAAUAUUAACUAAGGCAAUGAGCAUUCAUCUUUUAUAUUUAUUUUGCCAAUCUGUUACCAUACGAUAAUGUGCACAAUUGCAUAUUCCCUCACACAAUUUAAAGACUUUUAAUACAAAUAUUACUGCUGGACUGAUUAUCCAGACGUCCCAAUGAUUGUGGACUGAAUGUGACUUAGCAGGAGACUUGACAGUAAAUAGAUCAUAGAUGAAUGUCUUACAGUUGGGUAACACUUGAAGAGAAGCCGCUUGAUCAAGUGCAUGAAAAGUCAUUUACAGAUGCAGUUUGUACACUGCUUUAACUUGUAUGAAAUAGAAAUCCUAAAUACAUACAUAUUACUCAAGUAUAGAGAUUACUUCGGGGGGAAAAAUAAGAGAUUGCAUGUGGUGGAAUUUGUUCUUGUGACCGCCCCCCAGUCAGCUGUCCAAUCAGAAGUUUUCAAAUGAGAUUUAAACAGGAAGCUACAGAUGAUAACGCACUGGGGAAGACUGUAAGUCAGCACACAUCAAUAAUAGGAGCAAAUGAUGAAAUGAUUACCAAUCUUAUUUUGAAGCACAAAUAUCAAAUAUUAAUGAUAAACAACAAAUGUAUUUUUUGUUCAUUCACCCAGACAAACAGCACUGCUGUUACAUAUUGUUUGUUAAACUUGAAAUGGAGAAACAGGACCCUGGUUCUAUUCAUAACAAAGCACUUCAAUUGAUCUAGCUGUUCUUUCUACUCAGACAUUAAGUGAUGUUGUCAUUGCCACUUCUACAGGACCGCUACAAAGGUUCAUUUCCUGUUUGUGUCUCAUGGCUAGGACCAGGAGUUUUUCCCCAGAUCAUGUGACCUGACCAGGAGAAACGCUGGACCCUAGUUGUAGGCUGUAACUAGAGCCUAGAGUGUUUCCUGGUCAUUUCACGACUAGAGCCCAAAGUGUUGCCCUAUCAGGUCACAUAGUCAGGAGAAAGAAAAACUCCUGGCCCUCCACAACGCUCCUGUCUUUGGAGGGCUUCUCUUGUACCUUCUGUCCUACCCUUUAGCCUAACAGUCUGCCUUAAAAGACAGUGGCACAGAGAGACUAAUGAAUAAAGGGGUUCAUACUGUACAUAUAUACCAAUGGUGUUGUUAUUGUGGUAUUCUACAUAUGGAAGUCCAAAGCAGGAACGAAUCUGUGACAAUAUUGGUUCUUGAUGAUUCAUUAAGGACAUGAACAUUAUGUAAAUUAAUUGGAUCAAUGUAUUUUUGGGGGUGUAUUUUAUUAGGAUCCCAAUUAGCUGUUGCAAAAGCAGCAGCUACUCUUCCUGGGGUCCACACAAAACAUGAAACAUGACAUAAUACAGAACAUUAAUAGACAAGAACAGCUCAAGGACAGAACUGCAUCCAUUUUUAAACAGAAAGGCUCAUGUAGCCUAAACAUCAAUACAUACACACAAACUAUCUAGGUCAAAUGUCUUGCCUAGUUAAAUAAAGGCUAGAUAAAGACAUCAACGUAUAUACAGUAUGUUGAGUGCCUUCAGAAAGUAUUCACACCCCUUGACUUUUUCCACAUUUUGAUGUGUUAUAAAGCAGGAUUAAAAUUGAUUUCAUUGUAAUUUUUUGUCAACAAUCUACACAAAAUACUCGAAUGGUGAAAGUGGAAGAAAAAUUAUAUAUUUUUUUAUGAUAUGAAAAAUAAAACACUAAUAUAUCUUAAUUAAA